UCACAGGACUCCUAGCUGCAGCUCAUCCUCCUGUGCACUCUUCCUCCACUCACACCCCAGAAGCCAGCAUGUCUUGCCGCUCCUACCGAGUCAGCUCAGGUUGCCGGGUGGGCAACUUCAGCUCCUGCUCAGCCAUGACACCGCAGAACCUGCACCGCUUCCAGGCCAGCCCUGCCUCCUGCAGGAGUGGACCUGGCUUCCAGGGCCACAGAGGCUAUGGGAGCCGGAGCCUCAUCUCAUUUGGAUCUUGCUCACCCCAGAUGACGGCCGUAGGCCCUCGGCCUUUCCGCUAUGGAGCUGGCUUCGGAGCAGGCGGUGGGCUGGCUUUUGGCUUUGGUGAUGUAAGUUGUGCCGGUCUCAGCUAUGGGGCUGGCAGUGGUGUUGGUCUAGGGUUUGGAGCUGGCAGUGGCCUGGGCUUUGGCUUCAGUGGCCCUGGCUAUGGCUACAGAGUUGGAGGAGUUGGAGUCCCUGCAGCCCCAUCCAUCACAGCAGUGACUGUUAACCAGAGCUUGCUGACACCUCUCAACCUGGAGAUUGACACCAAUGCACAGAGGGUGAAGAAGGAUGAGAAGGAACAGAUCAAGACCCUCAACAACAAAUUUGCUUCCUUCAUUGACAAGGUGCGGUUCCUGGAACAGCAGAACAAGCUCCUUGAGACCAAGUGGAACUUCCUCCAAGAGCAGAAAUGUGCCAGGAGCAACCUGGAGCCCCUCUUUGAGAACUACAUCACCAACCUGCGAAGGCAGCUGGACAUGGUGACCAGUGACAGAGCCCGAUUUGAGGCUGAGAGAAAUAAUCUGCAAGAUGUGCUGGAGGGUUUCAGGAAGAAGUAUGAGGAGGAAGUGGCAUACCGGGCCAAUGCUGAGAAUGAAUUUGUGACUCUGAAGAAGGAUGUGGACGCAGCUUUCUUAAAUAAGUCUGAUCUGCAAGCCAAUGCAGAUGCCCUGACUCAAGAAAUUGACUUCCUGAAAGCCUUGUACAUGGAGGAAAUCCAGCUGCUUCAUUCACACAUCUCAGAGACGUCUGUCAUCGUGAAGAUGGACAACAGCCGGGACCUGAACCUCAAUGGCAUCGUGGCAGAAAUCAAGGCCCAGUAUGAGGAGAUUGCCAGGCGCAGCAGGGCUGAUGCCGAAAGCUGGUACCAGACCAAGUAUGAGGAGAUGCGGGUGACAGCAGGCCAGCACUGUGACAACCUGCGCAACACCCGGGAUGAGAUCAAUGAGCUGAACCGCCUAAUCCAGAGGCUGAAGGCAGAGAUCGAGCAUGCCAAGGCUCAGCGGGCCAAGCUGGAGGCUGCUGUGGCCGAGGCAGAGCAGCAGGGUGAGGCUGCCCUCAAUGACGCAAAGUGCAAGCUGGCAGAUCUGGAGGGCGCCCUGCAGCAGGCCAAGCAAGACAUGGCGCGGCAGCUGCGCGAGUACCAGGAGCUCAUGAACGUGAAGCUGGGCCUGGACAUCGAGAUCGCCACCUAUAGGCGGCUGCUGGAGGGCGAGGAGAGCAGGAUCUGUGAAGGUGUUGGCCCAGUAAAUAUAUCCGUGAGCAGCUCUCGGGGUGGCCUGGUGUGUGGACCUGAGGCCCUGGUCUCCAGCGGCAGCCUUGCCCGUGGAGGCAUGGCUUUCUCCAGCGGCAGCAGCAGCCUCCGCUAUGGGGGUGGCGCAUGUGGCUCUGGCCUGGGCCUGGGCGGAGCCUCCCGCGGAAGCUCUGUGCUGGUGGGCGAAGCCUGCGCCUCCAGCCUACCCUGCCCGCUGCCCGCAGAGGGCGGCUUCAGCAGCUGUAGCGGGGGGCGCAGCAGCCGCAGCUCCGGCGUGCGCUUCGCCUCCACCACCACCACCACCACCACGGCCCGCAGGACCAAGUUCUGAGAAGCCAGCCACAGCCAGCCACAACCACAGAGAACCAUCUGGAAGGCUCCAUCUUCUGUCUCUGAAGCGCCUGGGAGGCUCCCUUGCUGCCAGGAAGUUGACCCCACCCGCAGCUCUCCCCCAGGGUUAGACGGUGCCUGGGAGGAGACACCCCUUCAUCUAGUCGUUCCACCUGCAGUCACAGCUGUACUGCUUUCUCUCCAUCCCACUUGCCUUUCUUUCUUGGCUCACUCCUCAUCAACCAGUCCUAGAGCCUCAAGAAAUGCAGAGUCAACAAAAAGAUCCACUCACUGGGGAGAGAAGGAACUAUCCAAAGCCUGAAAGAAUGUGUCUAGGCACCACGGCCAUUGGUGGUUUUGGAGUAAUUCAGAUAAUGGAGAGUUGACUCUCCACACUGCAGACAGCUAUAUCCCAUAAUCCUCUGAGUCCUUCCCCUGGCUUUCCCUGGUAGAAGUUUCUUCUUGACCUAGAACCCACUGUCCUUGGUGGCCUAAGGGAUCCCCCAAGUCCCAUAAGAUGGUUCUUUUCCAAGUGGCUAGUUUUCUUCCUGAGCUGUUGCUUUUGCUCUGCUGCAUGAGUGUGAGGACUGUGUGGUGUGCAGGGGUGAAGCUGGGUUCUGCCUCAAUCCAUGGCCCCUACUCCAUGGUGAUAUGGGGGAGGCCCAGUCUUGUCUACUGCAGGAGGGUUUGUCUGCGAGCUUCAGGGAAGCCUGGGGUGGGUGGGAUGCCUGUUUGUACUGCUCUCUGUGUUCCUGGGUUUUCAAUAAACUUGUCAAGCUCACAGCA